UUCUCACCAGUCUGGGGAGAGUAGAUUUCUGCUGGUGGCCCUCUGAGAUCAGCCUGACAAACUGAGAGGCAGAUGAAAUCCUGCCUUGAAGUACCAGGUAGCUAGUUCACUAGGCUGACCAGUGGGACUAAAAUCGCUGGAUGAUAUAAUAAUGAAAAAAGUCUUAAGAAGCCUGUAAAAUUGAGUACGAACUGGGACAAGUGUCUGUACUUGCAUACACUGAGAUAGGCUUUAGCACAGUGAAAUCAUGGCAGCUUCAAAUGUAAAGGUUUUGUCUGCAUCAAGGCGAGGAGUCAGGCCAUGGCUGAUUGCUUGGGUCCUUGUUGCUCUGCAGUGUCUUCAGUCCUAUGGACAGGAUUUUUCUGGAUACCAUUCAGGAGAUUACGAUUCCCAUGUCUAUGAAGGAUCAGCAGUAGAAGAUUUAAAUGGACAGCCAUCAGGAUACCCCCUUCCAGAUGAGUACCCUGUGGAGCCCACACCUGGUUACGAAGAGCACACAGCUUCUGGCUACCCCUAUCCCCAAACUACUCCACUGGUUACAAUAUUCACUGAAGAGGAGUACCCUUACACCACAACCACAGAGUCCUAUGUUGCUGCUAAAGAGGUCACCACCAUGACUACUAGAGUGCCGUACCGCUACCCAACAGCCACCCCUGAUCUGUAUGAUGACUACCUCCCUGCCCCUGAAAUCUAUGAUGAUGAAGGGAUGGAUGUUCUUGCGGAGAUGAGGGUACCCAGUGCCGUGGGAGUGAAUAUUGUGCCAGGAACCCAGCAGGACAUAAGUGCUUAUCGUCUUGGACCAAAAGUGCAAGUUAGACGGGAAACAAGACUGGUUCAGCCGCAUGGGUUCCCACAGGAGUUCUCAGUGGUUUCCACAUUUCGGAUGCUGGAGGACACUCCACAGGAGGUGUGGAACCUGGUGGAUGUGAAGGACCGGCAAGGCGGAGACCAGUUCCACCUGCGGCUCUACGGGGAGAUCGACGCUGUCGAUGUCUUCAACGCGGCCGCUGCUGGGGAGGAGAAGGUCACCACUUUUGAAAACGUAGGCCGUCUCUUCGACGGAGAGUGGCACAAGCUCUCACUCAGUGCUCAGAAGAGCCAGCUCACUCUCUACGUGGAUUGCCAGCAGGUCGGCAGCGCCCCAUUUAGUCAGCAGGGAUCCAUCAGAACUGAUGGCCUGACAUCUUUAGCCACAAGAAGUAGGGAUGCUGCAACCCUUCCUGUUGAUGUUCAGCAACUGCAGAUUUACAGCAACCCAAACAAAGCAGGAGAUGAGCCCUGCUGUGACAUCCCAGGAACUAAAGAUGAACGGUGUGCUUUGCUGGGACUAAGUCCUGGCCCAACAGAAUGUGACUGUAUGCCAGGUGAGCCUGGCUUUGCUGGUUUUGCUGGUCCAAAAGGUAGCCGUGGUGAACAAGGCCAGCUGGGUUUUCCUGGUGAACAAGGCAGAGAGGGGUACAAGGGUUCCAAGGGUGCACCAGGAAGACGAGGGGACCCUGGUCCUGUGGGUGAUUCUGGUCCUAAGGGUUCUGAUGGUCCUUCAGGAUUUUCUGGAUUCAUGGGCAUUCCAGGACCUCCUGGCGACCCAGGUGAGAUGGGUGGUUCUGGCUCAAAGGGUGACAUCGGACUGAUGGGGCCUAUGGGUGAAGUAGGAUCAAAAGGAGCGAUUGGGGAAGUCGGUCAACCAGGAGAGACAGGACCUGGGGGAGAGAAAGGAGAAAAGGGGUCUAUAGGAAAGACCGGUGAGGAGGGAUCUGCUGGGCCCAUGGGAGAAAAGGGUCAAAUUGGUGCACCUGGAUUUUCAGGCGACACUGGGGAGCAGGGUUAUAUGGGUUAUCCUGGAAUUAUGGGAGAGAGUGGAGAUCCUGGCAUAAAGGGAGGUUCCGGCUUGGGAGGAAUUCCCGGCAGUGAUGGCGAGCCAGGGGACGAUGGUCCUAUAGGAGUUCCUGGAGUAGGAGGUGAACCGGGACCAUUUGGACAAAAGGGUGAAAGAGGGGAUCCAGGACCAAGAGGCCCACAAGGAAGGCAGGGUGCCCAGGGAGCAAGAGGAAACACAGGUGAUCCAGGUAAACCUGGGAAGUCUGGGCCUCAAGGAUUAAAGGGUCAGCCUGGCUCUCAAGGGGAGACAGGUCCAGAUGGUGAAAAGGGUCAACAAGGAAGCACAGGUAUCAAAGGAGUUGAAGGGGACAAGGGUAGCACAGGUUUCCAAGGAGACAAAGGGCAGCGUGGUGAGCGUGGCUCUUCAGGUCCGGAUGGUCCAUUAGGAAGAAAAGGCCCCCCUGGUAUCCCUGGCACGAGGGGUGAAUCUGGUCCCUCAGGAGACUCUGGAGACCUGGGAGCUGCAGGAGCCAAAGGAGUCCAAGGGCCACCGGGCCCAGCUCUGUCUGAUGCACAGAUCUAUGAAUUGUGCCGUGGCGUGGUAACAGCACAGAUAUCACAACAUGCAGUUUCCAUCCGAUCCAAGUGCGCCCGUGGCUGCCCAAUCAACAACAGGGUUCUCAUCGGACCGCCAGGAGGUCGAGGAUUGCCUGGUCUACCAGGGAAACCAGGCAAAGGUGGUCUGGCUGGGAAAAAAGGAACUCAAGGGAAAAGGGGACCGGUUGGAGUGGAGGGAAUGAAAGGAGCUCCUGGAGAACAAGGCAGGAAAGGUGAAAAAGGUGAAAAAGGAGACAGAGGAACAGGACUUCCAGGACAUGAUGGACACCAGGGUCCCAGAGGACUUCCCGGCUUUGCGGGCAUUCCCAAAAAUGGUAUUCCAGGGUUGGAAGGACCUCCUGGCCAUUCUGGUCCUACAGGUCGACCAGGACUGCCUGGAUCUGCUGGCGUUCCUGGACAUUGUGAAGCUCGGGACUGUAGUAUCCACGCUCCUGCACUUCGUUCAGAGCACGAGCUUGUGAAAGGACCAGUAAUUUAAAAAAAGAAAACUGAAUUUAUCGACAGUGACAUUGUGUGAGUUUUUCCACAUACAUCUGCGGUUGUUUUAAGUACAAUCUUUACAUUUACUUUAAAUGGAGUCAAAACGAAAGCUCUCACAGAAGCAACUUUUUAAAGCAUCAUUUUCUGAAUUUGUUUAAAAUGAUGUGAAUAUCUAGAACCGCAAAGAUUGUGAGACUGCAUUAUUACCAUAGAAAAAAACAGAAGAACCAGCCCACCUCCCCACCCUGAUUUCAUAAAAAAAAAAAAAAAAUUAAAAUGUUCAGGCUUUGCUAACUCAUUCCGAAUGGUUCCAGUC